AUGUUUGCGUGUGAGACUUGGGGCCUCGGUGGCCAGACCUCCGUCUACAACUGGGAGAAGUCGGUCUACCUUUUGGAAGACAAAAUGGAGCCCGAGCAGGGAUCGGGAGAGCUGGAUCUCCAUUUUAAAGUGCUGCUUGAGCAGGGGGUCUAUCCGGAAAUCACAAUCGAGGAGGAGGAGGAAGAAGAGGAGGAGGAGCCGGAAGCGGAGGCGGAAGUCGUGGUGGAAGCAGAAGGAGAGGAAGAGCAGGAGGAGGAAGAGGAAGAAGUAGAGGGAGAAGAAGAGGAGGAGGAAGAAGAAGAAGAAGAAGAGGAUGAGGAAGAGGAAGAAGGAGGAGAGGAGGAGGAAGAAGAUGAGGAUGAGGAGAAUCCAACGGGGCCUGUACGAGAGGCUGUGGGAGCAGAGGAAGGAGAUGACUCCCUACUUGUGGUGUGCACUGGGACUGUGGAGGAACUUCUGGGCUUGGAAGUGCCACCCGCUGCUGAGCCGGAGGUCCUAGAAGAAGCCCCACAACCUCAGCGCUGGGAAGUCCAGUGGGAGGAGGUGUCUCAGACCCCACGAGCUCCGCCUCCUGCAACUGUGCAGCCACCACCACCACCAACGCAAGAUGCUUCCCCAGCGACUGAGGCAGCACCCGUAAAUAUUGAGUCAGGGGCCUUCUCUACUACAGCAUUAGAGCCAGCAGAGAACCCUGCCUCCUCUCCAUGGACAGCUCCAUACGCAGAGGAGAGCCAGCAAGAAACCCAGCCCAGUACCCCAGGCAACGCAGACCGAGGGAGCAUCGGGAAGACGCGGACGUCCACCUCGGGAGUGGGUGGCUUCACCCUAGAGACGGCCCGCCGGCGUUUCCGGCAGUUCUGCUACCAAGAGACGGAGGGGCCACGGAAGGCUUGCGGUCAGCUCUGGGAGCUUUGCAACCAUUGGCUAAAGCCGAAGAACCGCACCAAGGAGCAGAUUCUGGAUGUCUUGAUCCUGGAGCAGUUCCUGGCGGUCCUCCCUCCGGGGAUUCGGAGCCGCGUGUGGGAAUGCAGCCCGGACACUUGCGCACGGGCCGUGGCCCUGGCAGAGGAGUUCCUGUCGAAGCAGCAAGAGGCAGAGAGAGCAGAAGAGGAGGUGAGAUGCUUUUCGUCCCCCACCCCCUUUCUCAUCCCAUACGCCACCCCCAAGGACAAUCUUGUGGCUUGCGGAUGGGACAAGUUUCUUUGUGAGGGCUGACCUGCUGAGAUAGGCCCAUAACUAUGGCGGAGAUGGGAAGGAAAUGGUGGUGGGGUGCUAGCAACAGAUGGGGGGCAGGUGUGAUGGGCAUAUUUUGUCCUUGGGGCAUGGGCUGCCUUUACAAUGUUGUUAUUGCUGUAGCUAAUGGUUAUUUUGUUUAUUUAUACAAAAAGAUUUAUAUAGCACUUGAUAAGAAAAACCUCAGCAGUUUGCGUAAGAUAAUAUAUCUGUUUAAAGAUGACAUAUUUGUUUUACAGCUAAGGCUCUCAAAAUCGUGUACAAUCAGCCUCGCAAACAUUUUAAAAAAGAUAUAAAUAGUAUAAAACUACUUAAAACAACAACAAUUUUAUUAUUUGUACCCUGCCUAUCUGAACAGGUUGCCCCAGCUACUCUGUGUGGCUUCCAGCGAAUAUAAAAACAUAAUAAAGCAUUAAACAUUAAAAACUUUCUUAUAAAGAGCUGCCUUCAGAUGUCUUCUAAAAGUUGUAUAGUAUUUAUUUCCUUGACAUCUGACGGGAUGGCAUUCCGCAGAGCAGAUGCCACCACCAAGAAGGCCGUCUGCCUGUUUUCCUUUAACUUCAUGUCUCACAGUGAGGGAACCACCAGAAGGCCCUCGGAGCUGGACCUCAGUAUUUGGGCUGAAAGCUCCUAUAAUAAAACAAUCAAACAAUGGGAGUAUGUAUUUUGUGCUAAGUCCCCAAAGCACAGCAAAGUCCCCAAAGCUUUUAUUUACUUCUGGAAUGCCAGGAGGGAGGAAGGAGUAAAACAUUUAGCCUGUGGAAGGGCGUUUUGGAUCAGUCACCAAAAAAACCUCUGCCUUGUGGGUAAACUAGUUUAGUUUCUGGAUAAUUUGGACCCAUCGGCAGCAUUUUGUCAGCUGAACUUAAGACUUUGGAUAGGUUCAUACAGGAUGAGGCCCUGAUAAUGCCCAGGAUCCAGGCCUUCAGAUUCUAAGUCUGUAAUUCUAUAUUCACCUUAUGAAAGAUCACAGGGUAGUGACCUGAAAAUGAGCUUUUUCAACCAUUGCCCCUGCACUGGGGAAUAUCCUUCCCUCUGCCAUUUGUGAGGCAUCACCUGUCGUCUGCUUCAGGUGUCUUGUAAAGAAGAUGUGCCUUUUUUGCUCAGGCUUUCUCUGACCCAUCGGAUUGGAUCUUCCUAUGACCAAAUUCCUGUUCUUAUAAUACUACAGUUUUACAGCUUUUUAUGUAGCAUCUGUAUUUUCUGGAUACUGUUUUUUAAUGUUUUGUAUUUGCAUACUGCCUAGAGAUUUUUAAAUAUUAAGCAGUUUAGAAAUGCUUAUAAAUAAAUUUAGGGAUCCCUAUUCGAAUUCAGUGAGGUUGAGCAGACACGUUUAGCGGGUGUGGGGAACCUCCAGGCCACUGGCCAAUGAGGCCAUUUCCUCCCACCUGGGUGAUGUCAGCUGAUAGGCAGGGGGCAUGGUUCUAUCCUGCUGUUUUCUCCAGCAUAUUCUCUGCAGGGAAUGCACAGGUGAAGCAGACCCCUCCCUUCAACCCAUAGGUCAGCUUUGACAGGUGGGGAGCCACACGCCUAUCAGUCGCUUGACGUCCUCAUGACGCCCCCUGCCACAGUUGCCCCAAUCCUGUUGUAUAGGAUUGCACAGUAAAAUUGCCAAGGCAGUGCCUUCUUCCGCAUUAGCUGCAUCAAAACGUAAUUGAAACAGAGCCAUAGCUUGGUUGCUUUAAUUUCUGCCCUUUGGUGUAAUUAAAAUGUGGAGAUGGUUUGGGACGUAAGAAACUGUUAUGCACCGUGGCCAGAAUAUUUGUCACCGUAGCCCAGUAUUGUCACCUCUGACUUAGCAGAGGCUCUCUGGGGUCUCAGGUGACAGGUCUCUUCUGCAUCACCUGCUAUGAGGUUUGUUUUUUUUUCAAUCAAGAUGCCAGGGAGCUCUUCCACUAAGCUUUUCAUUGCUAUUAUUAUUAUUAUGCUUCUUUUUUAAAAAAAAGCUCUGUUUUCAUUAUUUCACAUAACACACGAUAUGUUCCAUAUUUUUGGCCUUGGCUGGUGCAAUUGUCGAAUUUUUAGCCUUCUCAGAACUAGUCGUUACAGAGGAGUCCUGGUUACCUCCAAUAACAGCAGCCCUUGUGUCUUGUCUCUCUACUUCUCCUGAUACUGCCUAGCAAUACAAAAUGGCAGAUAUGACAUCACGUUGUUCCAAGUAUUCCCACUCGCCCCUAAGUAGCAGCCAGCAAAGUGGAACCAGAACAGGCCAAAUUCAAACAGUGUUGAUGUCACAACACAAGCCUUCUGUGGACAUUACAUUAUAUUAGGCAUUGCAGAGGAUGGAGAUAUUUUGUAGGGAGAGGGACUGCUGCUUUCUGAGGCACCCAGCAGAUGUGUUCCUUAACAGCAGAGUAAUCGCAAAUAACUGGGAUUCCAGGAGUAUGGAAUCAAGGUCAAAGGGUGUGAAUGGCAGCACUAUGUUUGUCCUGCUCUUGUUAACAUAAAAUGCGGCCGUCUUCUGCCUCCCUCCUUAGUGUCCCUCCCCCAUUUGGCUAUGCAGGGCAGUUUACCUUAAGGAGUGGUGACUUUUGGGGCUACCAUCAGGUAUUUGGAGAGGCAAUUUUUCCAGGGAAUUCCCCCCUCCCCAUUUUGCAAGUUGAUUUGUAAACAGUGAAUGGGUGCCAGUUGCAAAUAAAUAUUUGCAAGCAUGGCUGUUUAGAAGGGUUUUUUAAAUAUAUAUAUAUAGCUUUGUUUACCAAACACAAGUCAAAUAAACAUGCUAAAUUAGAUUGCUCUCUAGGGUAUCAGGAAAUUUUCUGAUGGAAACUGGAAAUUCUCCAACACAAAUUGCCCUAAUUUACAAAGGAAGAUAUCCCCCCCUUUUUAAUUUUUCUGGAAAAUGCGUGUUGCUGGGUGACACUAAAGAGAACAAAUAGUCAAUAGUUUUGUUUAUUUUUAUAGUUUUCCAGCUUGAGCUUUGUGCGUGAGGCACCAAAAUAUAUUGAAUCAUCUCUGAAGUCUCACGUCUCUUUAUUCCUUCCUCUGGCCAUUAAGACUCCUCUUAUUUUCAGGACCUGAAGGCAGCCUCUACAAACCCAGCUCUCAAUUCAGAGCUGCGCCUCUUAUCUCUUAUUCCCAGCUUUCCCUCUUCAGUCCUCCUGGUCUCCUACAAACACUGUUAUGGCUGCCUACAAACCCCAGAGGACUUUUGCACCUGCCGCUCACAGCAGAUUCACCGAAAUCCACACAAAGGCUUUUGGGAGUUGUAGUCCUGCAGCCCAGAAACAAAGGGUUUCCUCCUAGUAGCUGGCCAUCUGCCAUUCUUCACAAGCCAACACUGUGGGCAAGAUGUCUCCUCUCCCAGGCUGAAGCAUAUUGGGGGGAAAGAAAAGAGCUAUUUGCUAAGAGAGCCCUCCCCCCCCCUUGCAGUCAGGAAUUGUGACUCUGCAUCAGAAAUGAUGGAUUUACACCAGUCAUUUGUGUGAUUUGACAGAAGGGCACAACUGGCAUAAUUCUGUGUUUGUGUGUGCAGCUUUCCUGCAGGAAAUCAAGAAGCAGAUGGAGAGCACACAAUAGGCAGAGUUUUGCCUUCCAAUUCUUAGGAUAUGAAGCAAAGAAGCCCCAGCCUUUUCCUCCACCCUUCCAGAGUUCUGGAAUCUGCAUGGCAAUGAAAUGCAGAAUAUGGACUUUAACAUAGCAUAUGUUAGCCCUAGCAAAAAUUCCAGGAUCUCAAUUCUGGCUUGUUCUUUGUGUUCUCUGUGUGUAUAUUUAUCGUGCUAAUCUUGUUUUGUGAGCCACCUUGAGGGCGAUGUAUCGCGUUCAACUCUAGGCUGAGGAAUAUUGGUUCAUGGAGUGGCUGUCCUAUUGUCUCUUAAAAACCAUCCUAAUGAAGCUGCCUUGGCGCAUGCUAGAAGAGCACUUAUAAAAUCUACAUUUCCAAAAGAGCGCAUAAGGGUGGAAUUGCAGCCAAGCUAUGCUAUCAGCAGAAUCACAUGUUACAAUUUGCUGGGUUGUUAAUCUUUAGACUGCUGGUAGGGGAAUUCAUAUCUGAGUGAAAUGCCUACUCCUGCUCUUCUCUGUACAUUAUUAUUAUUAUUAUUAUUAUUAUUAAAAUUAUUAAAAUUUGUAUACCACCCUUCAUCUAUAGAUAUCAGGGCAGUUCACAGCAUAAAAAUACAAGGUAAAAGCACAAAUAAUCUGGGGUAUCCCCCUGCUUGCAGUGUAAAAUGGUACAGUCUAGUAAGAACUGUACCAUAGAGUUCUGCUUUUCGUGCAGCUCUUAAUAAAUCAAGGCAGAGCUAAAGACAUUAUUAAAGCCAAAUUGUAGUACAUGGGAUGGCAGCUGGAUUUAGUUGCUUUCCUUCUCCCCCCCGCCCCUCCAAAACAAUUAAUAUUACAGUCGUACCUUGGUUUUCGAACAGCUUAGUUCUCGAACCUUUUGGCUCCCGAAUGCCGCAAACACGGAAGUGACUGUUCCGGUUUGCAAACUAUUUUUGGAAGCCGAAUGUCCGAUGGGGCUUCCGAUUCGCUGCAGGAGCUUCCUGAAGCCAACUGGAAGCCGUGCUUUGGUUUUUGAACAUUUUGGGAGUCGAAUGGACUUCCGGAGCGGAUUCCAUUUGACUUCUAAGGUACGACUGUACUGAUUUGUUAACCACUUUCUAAACAAUCAUCUCAAGGUGAUAUACACUUAUAGAUCAUUAAAAAUGGUGAAUUUAAAACCAUACAAAAUAGACACUUGUGGCAAAGACCCAUUUAGCCAGCUGGGAAAGCCCGUCCGAACAAAGAUGUCUUCAGGUGUUUCUGGAAAGUGCCGCUAGUGAGCACCUGUCUUACGUGGACAGGAAUGCUAUUUCACAGAACAGAGGCAGCCAUGCUAAAAGCCCUACUUUUUUGUCCGUUCAUUUGUUUAGCUAGUUUAACAUUAAACAGUCUUUGAUCGAUCUUUUUGUCGAAUGUGUCUCUCUGCUUAUUUCAGGAUUCAGACCUAUUUGAGGAGGUGGUUGUGAAUUUCCCCGAUGAUGACCAAGCCUUGUCAGAUGCCGAGCAGGGAGAUGCAUGCAUGGAGGCCGAGCAGAGGGGUGAUGUGGAUAUCUGUUUGCUGGGUAAGAAUCCUCGCUUCCCUGUUCUUAGCUCAGGCUUCCUCAGCCUCGGCCCUCCAGAUGUUUUGAGACUGCAAUUCCCAUCAUCCCUGACCACUGGUCCUGCUAGCUAGGAAUCAUGGGAGUUGUAGGCCAAAAACAUCUGGAGGGCCGAGGUUGAGGAAGCCUGGCUUAGCUCCUUGACCUACUUCUCUUCGGUACACAAAUGCCUUUAUCUGUUAUGUAUGCCAAGGGUGUUGUUGAACUGCAGCUCCCAUCAUACCUGACUAUUCAUUAUACCCGACUGCUGACCUUGCUGGCUGGGGCUGAUGGGAGUUCACAACUUCUUGAAAGCCACAAACUCCUCACCCUUGAGCUAAACAUUUAUUCUCACCCUACUUUCAAGGUUAGGGUGAUGGCUAGCAUCACACCCAAAUGGUUGAGAUUAUCCUCUAAACUAUGGCUUGGAUUAUCAGACAUAAGUCUCCUCCCUCCUUCCUUUGUGAGUUUAAUUUCACUCUCUAGUUUCGUACAAACCACUUUGCUGUGUCACCCAAAUCAUCCAAACCGGUUUGUGCAAACCAUUGGGCUGCUGCCUGCCAGAACUGGAAAAUGUAGUUUGAAGUGAGUUUCUGGUUUGAGCAGGUUUGUUGUUAGACCUUCCUACUUGGGAUCUAGGUCUUUGGGCCUUAAUUGAACUCCAGUAAAGUUUUUUUAAUUGCCCACAGACCUUCAAAUUCCAAAAAAAAAUAUAUGAUUCUAUACAACAGAAAAGAUACGAGAAAGAAUGCUAACAGUACACUUUUCAGUGCUAAAUGUUUAAACAAACGUCAACAUUGAAAGCAGUACCCCACAGCAAUUAUUGGAAAGCUGCAUAUGGAUCUCUAUAGCUUUUGCACAUUUUGCAACUGAUUCACUUCUAUGAGGCUGUGUAUCUACAGCCAGAAAGAUUGUAUUAUAUAACACUUGAAGACCUUUCUGGGAAGGAAACAACCUAGGGACAAAUAAGUCUGGGUCUUUUUGUUUCUGUAAAAAUGACACAGUAGUAACACAUGUAGUACACUUUCUACUUGAAAGUGAGAGCCAGUGUGGUGUAGUGGUUAAGAGCGGUAGACUUGUAAUCUGGUGAACCGGGUUCGCUUCCCCGCUCCUCCACAUGCAGCUGCUGGGUGACCUUGGGCUAGUCACACUUCUCUGAAGUCUCUCAGCCCCACUCACCUCACAGAGUGUUUGUUGUGGGGGAGGAAGGGAAAGGAGAUUGUUAGCCGCUUUGAGACUCCUUAGGGUAGUGAUAAAAUGGGAUAUCUCUACUUUUCACGGCCAUACAGACGAACACAGUUCUCAAGGUCCCUUGCCUCAGGUGCAUUAGAGAUCCUCUCCAGUUGUCAGUCUGUACUGUAGACCUGUUUCAAUGAAUUUCUUUUGUAGUUCUGGGGCACUUGUGGGAUGGAGUUAAACGUAUCCAGAUGAAGGCAUAUCAGUACUCUGUCUAAAACAUCCUGUUAUACUGUGUGGAUGCGUGUGACGGAGGGCAUGUCACAGUCGGACCUGACUCGUUUCUUUCCCUGCACAGGUUCUUCUGACACCGAAGCAACGUGGGAUUCUUCAGCCGAUGAAGGAGGCUCAGGUGGGUCUUGCAGGUGGCAAGCAGCAUCUUAGAAGAUGCAUUUUCUAAUGUUGGAGAGAGAAGGGGAAACGUCUCUUCCAAGGUGGUGCUUGCUGUGAAAAACACACAAAUCAUGUUGAAGCAAUGAGCAUUAUUUAUCUAUCCUCUUUUUUCCUCUUUUUUGUAUGCUGACUUAAUCCAGUUACAGGGCAAUCUUAUUCAUGUUUGCUCUGAAGUAAAUCCCGCUGUACAGUCGUACCUUGGUUUUCGAACGCCUUGGUACGUGUACGUUUUGGCUCCCGAGCACCCCAAACCCGGAAGUAAAUGUUCCGGUUUGCAAACGUUCUUUGGAACCCGAACAUCCGACAUUGCUUCCGCGGCAUCCGAUUGAGUGCAGGAAGCCCCUGCAGCCAAUUGGAAGCCGCGCUUUGGUUUUUGAAUGUUCCGGAAUGGAUUACGAACCAAGGUGCGAUGGUAUUCAGUGGGACUUGCUGCCAGAUAAUAGUGAACAGAACUGCAGGGCUUAAACCUCUAUCUAAAACACAUGCAUUGAUCAACUAUCGUUGCUUUAAUUGAGUGACAGCUCUAGAAUUCAUACCUAUGAAAUUUGUGAAUUUUCUCUUGUCUUCCCCCCCCUCAACCACCCAAACCAGGGGCCCGGAGUCCCAGCAGAGCAGACCCCAGUUUGAAUUUGGAGAAAGGCUCAACGGGAUGGUGCAACACCUGAACCCAAAGCGGAUCCGAGUGAGAGAGAAACGCCAUCCCUGCAUUGAGUGCGGGAAGCGGUUCCGGUGCCAAUCCGAGCUGGCCUUGCACCAGAAAGUUCACACCAGGCCAAAGUCCUACCACUGUGCCGAGUGCGGGAAGCAGUUUGGCCGUUCCUCGCACCUCACCAGGCACCAGAAGACGCACAUGGGUGAGGAGUGCCAUCUUUGCACGGAGUGCGGCAAGAGGUUCCGGUGGUCGACGGAGCUCGCCAUCCACCAGAGGAUCCAUGCAGGCGAACAGCCACACUACGCCGUGGACUCCGAGGCGCUGUUCCAGUGGCCGCCGGAAUUCACGAUGCACCAGAGCCUUUUCACAGGCGAGAAGACCCCUCCGGCUGCCGACUGCGCCAAGCCGCACACCGUCAAGAAACCCCACCUCUGCCCUGAGUGCGGGAAAGGGUUCCGGUGGCCAUCGGAGCUGGCCACGCACCAGAAAACCCACAACAAAAACAAACACUACCUCUGCGCCGAGUGCGGGAAAGGGUUCCAGUGGCCGUCGGAGCUGGCGGCGCAUCAGAGAAUGCACACCGGUGACAACUCCCCGCUGGCCGCCGACUGCAGGAACGGCAACGGGCAGUUGCCCCCUCUGGGCGCCUACCUGGGAAGCCACGUGGCCGAGAAGCGCCACGUCUGCGGGGAGUGCGGCAAAGCGUUCCGGUGGCCGUCCGAACUUGCCACGCACCAGAGAAUCCACACGGGGGAGAAGCGCUAUUUCUGCACCGAGUGUGGCAAAGGGUUCAUCUGGCCGUCGGAGCUGGCUGCCCACCAGCGAACCCACACCGAGAAGGAGUCCUACCAGUGCAUGGAGUGCGGGAAGAUAUUCCACGACCUGUACGGGCUCACCAGGCACCAGAAGACCCACCUGGGGAGCAAGGUCUACCCCUGCGCCGAGUGCGGGAAAACGUUCACCCGGCAGUCUCACCUGACCCGCCACCGGAUCACGCACACCGGGGAGAGGCCCUACCCGUGCGUCGAGUGCGGGAAAAGGUUCGGCCGGCAGUCUCACUUGACGCGCCACCUGAGAAUCCACACCGGGGAGAGACCGUACCAGUGUGGGGAGUGUGGGGUGAGGUUCCGGCGAAGGCACAGCAUGAUCUACCACCAGAGGAUCCACUUGAGAGAGUCCAACGGGGGAGCGGACCUGCCAAACAUGCCUGACAUGGAGAACCUUGAUGACGACCUCCAGAGCCCCAUCCAUGUAACAAUCUGA